AUGCACAGGCCCGCCUACCCUCGAUGGAUGAAGUGCGUGGAGGAUACUGGAGACUUCUUCGAGCCUACCCUGGCAGCCUUGUUUGUUCAUGAGGCCUUCAGCCCAAGCACCCAAAGUGCUGCCAUGGAUUUAUUCACUGCCAUCAAGGAUGCCCUCAUUACCCGCCUCAGAAGGAUUCCCUGGAUGGAUGAGGAGACCCAGAAAAAGGCCCAGGAUAGGGUCACCCAGCUACAGGUGAAGAUGGGGGGCCCAGAAUGGGCCAUGGAUCCAGCGCUGGCCAGACAGGAAUACAGUGAUGUACACCUCGGACCCAAUUUUCUGCAGUCCUUCCUGAGUGGUAUUCGAUCCCGCCAAAGUAGAAUUGUCCAGAGCUCAUUGCGGCCUUUUCCCCAACUUAGGUGGCAGGUGGCCCCCUGGGGGGUCAAUGCUUACUAUUCAAUAGCUGACCACAUGCUGGUCUUUCCAGCUGGACUCCUCCAACCACCAUUCUUCCAUCCUGACUACCCCAGGGCCGUGAACUUUGGUGCUGCUGGCAGCAUCAUGGCCCGGGAGCUGUUGCACAUCUUUGACCAGCUCUUACUCCCUGGGGGCUGCCCAGCCUGUGAUACCCAUGCCCUAAAGGAGGCGCUGUUGUGUCUGGAGCACCACUAUGCUGCCUUUCCAUUAUAUGGUGUAACUUCCUUUAAUAGCUCCCACACAGUAUUGGAGAAUGCUGCAGACAUCGGGGGGCUGGCGAUAGCACUGCAGGCAUACAACAAGAUGCUAUUAUGGCACCGUGGGGAGACCACUUUGCCCAAACUAGGCCUAACACCCCAGCAACUUUUCUUCCGAAGCUAUGCCCAGGUGAUGUGUAGAGAGCUCAUCACACAGGAUUCUCAGGACACUCACAGCCCUCCUGUCCUUCGAGUCCAUGGGCCCCUCAGCAACAUUCCAGCCUUCGCUAGACAUUUCUACUGUCCACGUGGUGCCCUCCUAAACCCCUCAAAACGCUGCCAACUCUGGUAA